AAAACAACAGACUAGUUCAACUUGUGCACAAACCGAACUGUGUUUUACUGUUUUUAUUCAAGUGUGUGCAGUUGUUUUGCCCUCUGACAGAGGAACACAGACUCAUUAACAAACCAAGUGGUGUGUGUUGCACGUCAAGAUGUUUGCAGUUCACCUUUUUUUGUCCUUCUUCUCGAAACUCCAGGAGGACCCGACCAAGAAGGUGGACAGGUUUAUGUACGCCAUGCAUCUCCAUGACGACCAGCUAAGCGACAUCUCCGCUCGUUUCCAGGCUGAAAUGAAGAAGGGCCUUUCAGCGGAAAGCAACGCUGCAGCAGCGGUGAAGAUGCUGCCAACACACGUGCACUCCACUCCUGAUGGAUCAGAGAAAGGACAGUUUCUGGCGUUGGAUCUUGGAGGCUCCAAGUUUAAGGUGCUCCAAGUUAAAGUGAGAGAGGGCACGGGGGUCAGGGGAGAAGGAGUGGAGAUGGAGGAGAAGACCUACCCCAUACCUGAGGAGCUACUCACUGGGAGUGGAAAAGAGCUUUUUGACCACGUGUCAGAGUCUCUGAAGGACUUCCUGCAUGAGAAGAAGAUCAGUGUGGAGAAGAAACAGCCUCUGGCCCUCACCUUCUCUUUCCCCUGUGAACAAUCCGCCUUAAAUCAGGGAUUAUUGUUGAACUGGAGUAAAAACUUCCGGGCUCGAGGUGUUCAGGGUAAAGAUGUGGUCCAGGCCCUCAGAGGGGCUGUAAACAGGACUGGGGGUAUGGAUGUAGAGGUGUUAGCCAUGGUUAACGACACUGUAGCGACCAUGAUGACCUGCGGCUUUGAUGACCGGUACUGUGAAGUAGGACUCAUCGUUGGUAGUGGCACCAAUGCAUGCUAUAUGGAGGAACUGCAUCACAUUGACCUGGUGGAGGGGGACGAGGGCAGAAUGUGUGUGAACACGGAGUGGGGGGCCUUCGGAGACGAUGGCGCUCUGAAUGAUUACAUCACAGAGUUUGACAGGGAACAGACGCCCCAUGACCGCCUGGCUCUACUGCAGGUCAGAUCUGUUCUCCAGCAGCUGGGGCUCGACAGCACCUGUGACGACAGCAUCAUUGUCAAAGAGGUUUGUGGGGCAGUGUCCCAUCGAGCAGCUCAGCUUUGUGGAGCAGGGCUGGCCGCCGUGGUCGACAAGAUCAGAGAGAACCGAGGACUGGACCAUCUGGACAUCACUGUGGGGGUGGACGGGUCACUCUACAAACUACAUCCACAUUUCUCUGGAGUCCUCCAGCAGACUGUCAACAUGUUGGCUCCUCAAUGUACCGUGAGCUUCCUGCCAUCAGAGGGAGGCAGCGGGACGGGGGCCGCCCUCACUGCAGCGGUGGCCAGGAAGAAACUGGAGAAGUAAAAAAUAUUUCUUAGUGUGUUUAUUCUUUUCCCCAAAAUGUGGAAUUCCAAAUUCCCUCAGUCCUGCGGUUUUUGUAGCUGAAAUUGUUGUUGAGUGGUCAGUAAGCAUCAUGCGUGGUUUCUCCUCACCUGGCAGAAAGCAGUCUCACCUGAAGGGACUCACAAGCAACAAUGCACACAGCCAUUUGUGCUGCUCAUUGUUUUAUUUAUUUAAUGUCUUUGUUUGAUUUAUGCUGUCCACUUUUUUUUAUUGUUUGUUUUUGGUCACUUUUGUUAUUUGGAUAAGUUUUGUAUUUGUUUAUAAUGCUUGUUAAGGUGAGUUUCCUUUUUAAAGCCACCAUGAUUUGUUGUAUUUGUAUCUCCCUUGCACUACUAAUGGUAUUGUGUUUGUUGUGUUAUUGUACUGCUGCAAUAAAGGAAUUAAUACCCUCUUCCGAUAAUAUAAAAAAAACAUCCAAUUAAUAGAUUUUUGCUAAAUGACAACAAAGAAACAGUAGAAGUUUCUAAUUUGUCUGUAAGGAAAGCCAUCCUUAUUGUUGGCUUUGUAUUAGUUUCAAAUAAAUGUUACUGGCUCAGCAAAAAUAUUUGGUUCUUGACCCAUACUUGGAUUAUCACGGCUUUUGACCUAUACUCUCCUUUCAUAUCAUUACCAAGUAAUCUGUGGGAUAAGUGUUACACCACAGCUGAACGGUCACAUACCAGCGUUAGCACUGCACUGAUUAGCCUUUGAUAGCAGAGCUGAGUGUACACUCAUAUCAAAGUCACACGCUGCAAAGGUCAGCACCUCCUGUGACACGAAAACAAAAAGGAUGUAGAGUUUACAGCUGUAAUAACAUUCAACAGUAUCUUCACUUUUACACAAAAACACACACGUUGUUUAAAUCAUGGACUUAAAUGAUGUUUUCAAAUAUCUUGAUUUAUGAUAACAUCACAAUAAGUCUCCACUGAGACUAUAUCAUAUUUAACUAGA